AUGCCAGAACCUAUGGAAGAUGUCGAAGGGACGAUUCCCCCGUUCGACGUUGAGCACGAGGACAGUGCUCCUUACAAACAUCGUGGACACGAUGUGUCGUGGGCUGUCUGCCCACCGAAGUACGAUGGCAGACCGGACUUGCCCACGCUGGACAACUGGUUUCGGGAGGUGCGACGCUUUGUGAGAGCGCGCCAGAUCCCUCCCCCCGAACACGCCUACUCGGCGUAUUACUUCCUUACCGGUGACGCACUCGCGCGCGUUCACCGCGACCAUCAGCUUUGCGAAGAUCUUGAGAACAACAAGAUCUCGCUGAAGGAAUUUAGGCGAAAGCCUAAAUCUGGGCGAUCACCGCCAAGCCCAAGGCCGCCCAAACGAACUGCAACGAGCUGCAGUAAGGCCUUCAGAACUCCCGGGACACGCGUUUGUUUACAUUUACGCGUCGCGUCAAAAUGUCUUAAAUAG